AUUCUCAAACUGCGCUAAAACUUGAAAUUUAGCGAUGGAGAUCGAUUGGCUCAACGCUAUUCCCGAUUCAGAAGACUCGGAAGAAGAUGAAGAGGAGAGACAAGAGAGAGCAAGACUUUUGAAAGAGAAGGAAGAAGAAAGGGAGGCGUGUAAGAAACGGUAUUUGGAGAGAAUCGAAAGAGAAGAGGCUCAGCGAUUCGGCAAACAAUUUAAAAUCGAUCCAUUAACAUUCGCUGAGCGUCUCGAGAGAAAGCUUAUCCCUGCCGAAAAAAAGCAAAGAUAUCGUGAAUUCAUUCCAUGUGUCGUCGAUCACUUUGGUGGGACUGAUGUGCAUUUUGUGAAGGCUAUGGAGAGUAUUAAAACGGAGAACCAGCUUCUCGAUUUUCUGACAGCAGCUCAUAAGCCACUUAUCGAGCAAACGGAAGAUUCGGUUUUACAUGAUUGGCUGGCGGAAUUCUAUAAGGAAACAGUUACAUCUCUUCUUGAAAUGACCAGUAUCACGGAUCACGAUCUGAAAUGUUUUAAAGUUGGAAAUGUUUUUGAUGAAGUUAGAACGAAUGCAAUUCAAAAGAAAGUGCAGAAAAUGGAAAUGGAAAAUUUCGCGGAACGAGUGAGGGAGGCGAAGAUCAAAGAAGCAGAAGAGCGGAAAGCAACGGCAGAAGCUACAAGAGAUGUAUUAGAAUCAUUGGAAGGAAUGACAUUGAGCCAUGUGAAGCAUGACGAGCUGGAGGAUGAGCUUAAUACAAUCGCACUCGAGGAACUGCAUAGCACUACUCGAGACACAAGUCCACCACGUACACGACUUUCAACUAGAGCUCAAAGCCAACUUAAUGCAAUGGUUAAACAUCUUUUUGUGCCAGCAGCGCCUACAACAUCGACAGAAGUUCCAAUGGAAAUGGAUAAAGAUGAUGAUGAAAUGGAUGCUUAUGAUGAUUCUGAUUUAAAGAUAUUGUUCAGCUCAACUACAAAGGAAAGUCUGAAAAUGGAAAUGGGCGAAGAAAACGAUGAAUGCAAUUUUGAACCAUCACAAGUCAGCAAAUAUCCGUCAUUCCAAGCCAGUAGUCAAUUUGAUGAAACAAGACGUUAUGAUUAUGAUGAGGAGGGUGAUAAUAAGGAGCUUGCACGGCUUAGAAGACCGACCUGGAGAAAAAUUUUGAAUUAUGAAAAGAGGAUCGGCACGAAUUUCCAUAGAUUUACCAAUGCCGAAAACGCAAAUUUGUGGAGACGUAAUUUGUAUGAAGAUAAGCGAAAAAAGACGAGCAAAGUUCAAUUUGUAGACUAUGACAGUCCUCUCAACAAAAUGCGCCUUUUCGUUCGUCCCAACGAGCAAUUCUUCAACGCCGACGACGGCCCGAUGACCGAUAGAAUUGAUUUUAGUCUUAGUGAUGGAUUCAACGUUCUUGCUACUCGCAAAAUUAUGAGCCCAUUGGUUUGUGGUUCAAACUAUGAUUGUGAAUUUAUGGCACGAACUAGAGAGGGACCACAGUAUUUAGUCAGGAAAACUCAAUCGUGGAUGCAUUCCUAUUGUGGAAAUAUUCUCGGACGUUUCUGGUAUUUGCGUGAUAGACAUGCCGACAAGUAUCCUGGCGUUAAAGAUUCUAAUUAUGAUCAAAAACGCCGACAAAACUUUGGAUUGCUACGCUAUUAUACGCUAGAAGAGCUAAUCGAAGUGUUUGGACUGCUGCUGCCUGAUGUUCAAAUUGCAAUGCGUCGUGGUGUUCGUCGAGAGAAUAUGCCAGUCUCAACGGUUGUCAAACUCAAAGAAAAAGACAGAGAGGCUGUAGAAAGCCCCGUCCAAGGUGUCCUUCUACUUACUGAUUGGCGUCUUGUACAUCUCUUCGACAAUACUGCGAUCGUCAAUGCAAUCAUUCACUAUUUUCCAACAAAUCUUGGCGGUGUCUUUUUCGAAGCAAUGACCGAAUACCUAACCGAGCUGCUUCUCGACAAUACAAUCGAAUUUCACACGAUUAUUUUUGCUUUCGGUGGAACUCCGACAUUCAAAAAACAGGAUUUCUUGGCAUUCUGGAAGAAGCUGAUCGUUCGCACGACACAAUCCAUCGAUGUUUUCUGGAUGGCUCAAGACUGGUGCGAUGGCCUGAACUCUACUCAAGAAGAAAUCGAUCAGCUCAACGAAUUCAAUCAUUAUGUCGAACAAAUGUUCACAAUGAUGAGAAAGAAUGGAAAUAUAAACUACAAUUAUUGUGAUAUUCGGAAACAAUACAACAUUCCAUCUUUGGAUCCGAGCUUCAAUCGUCCAAAUGACUUCUUGCUCCUUGAGCCUAUUUAUCGUGCCUACAUCAAUCACUUCGUCGAUGAAUGCAAUUGUUAUCUGAAAGGCCCGUUUGUUAAGUGUCAGCCUAGAGUUCACAACGGUUAUGCUCAAAGAAACGGAACAAAGCUUGAGUUCUCGAAGUGAUGGUUUUUCUUUAAUUUUUUUCCCUCGAAAUGUUCUACUAAGUAUGUUCUCUCAAAAUUUCAAGUUCUCAAUAUUUAUUUGUCAGGUAUAAAGCACCGCUGGUAUCAUUAUGAUUUACAUGUUUUUUUUCGAUAAUAAAUCACUGCUUUUU